CUGCUCGAAAACACACACAACACAUCGAUCUUUUGAAUUACAAUUUUUUUUUUAACCUUACAAUGUUCGCCUUCAAAAACCUAACUAAACUUGGUGUAACAUCAGCGUACGCUUUUUGCAGACGGGCCGACAUUGCUGUGUCCACACAGCUCGUUUCGACAUUGCAACACAACACGAAACCUUUCUCAACACUGAAAACCGAUAGAAGAAGUAAACUCGGACUUGAAGAAGCAAGGAUGGCGAAUUGGGAAGGUCGUGUUGACCUAGCUGCAGCAUUUCGGGGAUUGGAGAUGAUGGAUUUUCACGAAGGGAUUUGUAAUCAUUUGAGUCUUAUCGUUCCUGCGGAAAAUGGCGACGGCGAAGUUAUGCUUAUGAAUUCUCAUGGAAAUCAUUGGAAAGAGAUAGAACCCGAGUCCCUAGUUGGUAUAAAUGAACAAGGAGACACUGUCGAAGGAACGGGAGACGUUGAAAUAUCCGCGAAGACCAUACAUCUUGGUAUCCACCAAGCGAGACCCGACGCGAAGUGUGCGUUUCAUGUCCAUCCGCCGUACACAACAGCAAUGGGUAUGCUUCAAGACCUUCCUUUUGGAAUGUACCACCAAAACUCGCUGAUGUUCUACAAUGACUUUGCGUACGACAGAGAGUACGGUGGUUUUAGUCAAGACAUCACCGAAGGACAGCGAAUAGCGACGCACAUUAAAGACAAAUCUGUUCUAUUCAUGUGUAAUCAUGGAGUGAUGGUGGUCGGACAGAACGUCGCGGACGUAUUUUACCUCGUGUACUAUCUGGAAAGGGCUUGUAUGUUCCAGGCUCUAGCGAUGUCGACCGGUCGGGAACUCACRAAGAUCCCCGAUGAUCUCUCGAGAGAGACGAAAAUUAUCGCCAAUAAAGAAAGACAUCUGUACAGCGGUCCUUUUUUAGAGAGUAUCAAGCGUGUGACWGGAGUGAAAACGUCAAAGACUUUGCAAUAAUCCAAGCAUAUUACUGGAUGAAAAACUCCCAAAAAUAAUAUUAAUAACAAUUUGAAAGG